AAUAAUUUUUCUGAUUAUAGAAAAAAUAUUUCUAGUAUCUUAUUAAAGGAGAAGGAAGAAAGCUGGGAGAUUGACGUGGAUAGAUUAAUAGUGUCUGACGUAGUACUUGGAGAGGGACAGUUUGGAAUUGUUAAUAAAGGUAGCUACCGGGGACAAGAUGGAAGGAUCUACGAUGUCGCAGUAAAGCAGUUGAAAGGUACUAUUAUAAAUGAAUGAAAGGCACCUAAUUUUUUUUUGUUCAUUUAUCAGCCUUACUUUUAAAGGAAUGAGUAGACAUGCUGCAACAAAACCUGUGUUGGAGAAGAAAUGUACAUAAUGUACAUCACUAUAUUUUUCUUGCAUUUACUUCUUUGUGUCACGCCUUCUUCUUUUCAAAUGUCCUCUCCUCUAACAGGGCCCCCAAGAACUCCCACGGAAGGCUUGAUGCAGGUCAUCUGAUGUAAAAAAAUAAAUAAAUAAACAAAUGAUGAUAAUGAUGAUGAUGAUGAUAAAGUAUAUAUCUUGCCGCGAUUUAAAAACAUCGAACACAGUGAAAGCUAAUCAGUGUAUAACAUGUUAAUAAAUUUAUUGUAUGUGGCUUUUCUAUACAGAUGGUACAAGCAUGGCAGACAAAAACGAUUUAUUAAGUGAAAUAAAGAUGUUAAAACAAGCUGGACAGCAUCCUAACAUCAUCAGCUUAGUUGGCGUUUGUAUUCGAGAGGGUAUGUUUUAUCCUUAUCAGUAUUUGCUGUAAUGAAUACUCGGCUCCUUUUUUCUUUAAUAUAUUUCUUUCUUAUUUUUUAUUAUUAUUUCAGAGAAGAUUCUUGUUGUGACUGAGCUGGUUCCGUAUGGUAGUUUAAAGAACUUCCUAAUAUCAAAACGAAUAGCAUGCGUUUCUGGUGAAGCGAGUCGUUAUGUAAAUGUACGGUUUGGCUUAAACGACCGGGCGUUACUUAAAAUCGCGUUUCAAAUCGCUUUGGGGAUGCAAUUCUUAGAAAAGAAAAAGGUAAGGGAAUAUACUUGUAAUACCUUUUGCGUUCAAAUAUAAUACCUUCUUUCCAUUCUCAAAACGUGCUUAGCUCUUUGUAAUAUAUCUUUAAAACAUUUUCCUGUACCUUAGCACUUUCAGCAUAUGAAGGGAUGGUUAUUCUAGCAGAUAUUCUUCAUAUAGUAGUUGUCAUCCGUGGAGGGGUAUUUUUCUAUAUUUUUCCUCUGGGGCCGUCUGUCUUUGCUCUGUCUAUAUUAUUACGAGCGACUUUCUGUAAAUACCACGGAUAGGUGAGCAAGAAGGAAAAAUCGAAAUCCCCCAAACUUUGUUACAACAAAGCAGUUUGGAAACUAUUUUAGAAAAUACAAGACCCAGUUCGAUUGACUUUAUAUUUUCAAAAAUAAACAAUUUUUUCAGUGUUUACCUUCGAGAGGCCUUUAAACCACCGAAAAAUGUGCUUGGUAUCCUUGUCGCUUCUUGAAUGGAAACGGAAACUAAUACCGUGAGUUUUUUUUGAUAUAAAAGAACCUUAUGAUCCUUCUUUCGUAUCUAAACGUUAUAAUUUCAAAAGAUUUCUGUCUGAUUUUGUAUUUUUUUUUUCAAAAUUACCCUCUAAAUCAAUAUUAUUGCCACCAUCAAUUUUAGGGUGUCAGUAAAACGCGGGGUCGGUCUCGGGCCUGGAGCGGGGUCUAUCUCUCUUUUUAAAGAAUGCUGUUUUAGGUUUAAGGUUAGGGUUAGGCUUGACCUAACCGUAACCCUAACCCUAAAACAGCAUUCUUUAGAAAAAAGAUAGAACCCGACCCGAUCCCUACCCCGCGUUUUACUGACACCCAUCUCAGUUGAAAGAGCAAUGCUUCCCCUAUCAAUCUGUGAAAUAAAAAUUUGGGGCAAUUGAAACUGCGAGUCAGUGACAACUGAAAACAUUUACGGUACUCGCGUGAACUCGCGUGAUGUACGACCUUUGAAUUUGCAGUUGUAUUGGUGAAUAAAAGCGAGAAAUUAGACAGCAUUUGAAAUUCUGGCCCGUUCGUCCCUUUUUCGCCAGUUUAAACACUAAAAAUCGUUUUAGACUUCACAGUAGCAAUUUUUGAAAAGGAGAAGUAAUUUUAGUGUGUGAAAGUGAGCUAUGAACACUUCCCUUACGUGCGUAUUUGUUUACUAUUACGGUAUUUGUAACAGUUAUCAUUUAUUUACAAAACGACUUUAGUGCCGUUAACUAUUCUUUAAAAUGCUCUCAUUUCUCGUGAGACAGAUCGUUAUAGCUAUAAAAAAGGAAAAACCUUUGACCUACCUCACGUUUUUUGACAACAGACCCGAAGCCUUUAGCGAAACGAGAUUGAGUGACAAAGAACUUUGAGACCCAGGUUUUUCCGUGAAGACAGAUACCAUUCUGAAAAAGAAAGUCACGCGGCACCUUCCGUAACUAUAAAAGCGAAACAUGCAGAUCUUCAAAAUCCUUAGUUUCAUUGAAUUAUCCGUUAAAGCGACCCUGAAAAUGUAACAAAAUAUUUUCCGCAAGAGACUAUGAAGUGCAGGUAAGCCCUCACAGUCUCUUGUUUUCCAUAAACGCCUGCUUAGACUUUCAAGCUGUUAAAAAGCCUAUUUUACAACAAUUUCAUUUUAAAAUACGAUUAUGAAUUCCUUACUUGUAUUCUAAGAAAAAUGACAUUGAGGGGAGAAAAGUGGUAGGUCGUAGUCUGAACUGACAUUGGUACGUCUUUUCGCCCCCACCCCCCAGUUCUGGCAAUCUCGAGCAAGUUUUGCAUUUCUGGGUAACGUUUGGGCAAAAUGUAGGCUUAUUGCACAUGUCAUGCCAGAAAAAGUGAGCAAUUUGGUCGAAACUAAUGUCAAGUACGCCUGAACUGCGCCCGUUUAUUAAGCGCCGCUACUGACUCUGGCGGGGGACUGGGUGGGGAGGGGAAACUCUGGAAUGGAGCGAAGGGGACUUAGCUCUAAGCAUACAGCCUGUGUUUUAUCUGUGCGUUUGCCUUGGCGAUAAAUUUCGCCCAUAUUUUCAAGCAAUUCUUUAAAGACGAUUGUAAGAGACGAUGAUAGAAGUGGUAAGCCCUCAUAGUCUCUUGUUUUCCAUGAACGCCUGCUGAUUUACAUUUCAGCUGAUAAAAAAGCCUGUUAAUUUUAAAACGUUCAGUUUCGUUUUGGGAAUGAGAUAAUGAACGGCUUGUUACACAAUAAAUUAGUUUAGCUUGCUCUACUCGAUUAUGUUAAUUCAAGAUUAAGGUGGCUUACUACAGUUUUCGGAUGAAAAACUAUCGAAUUUUUCAAACUGGAACAUUUUUAGCAACUGAAGGUCUCUACUGAAUUGUUAUUCAUUGCAAUUGAUGUAAGUUAUCACUUUACUUUGUAAAAACAUUUUAUUACGUAGUUUAACGCGAAAUAUAGUGACCGAGUACCGUAAAAGGGAACUGGAAACUAGACCUUUAAAGGCUUUUUUCUUAAAAACUAGCCGUAGUCCUCAAAAUUUGAACCCAGGUCGUACGGCUAGGUUUUGAGAAAUUUAGCGUGGAAAUGGUCUUUUUACGACCUCCAUGAAGAAAAGCAUUGCGCAUGCCUCACCGUUCGGGGAAAACCCUGCUGGCGAGAUGGCGCACACUCUGUUUUCCCGCCUUGGGACUGCCUUUGAUUCGUAGCGCUGGCCGCCAUUUGUCAAGCUAAAAAUUACAUGUGUUUGGACUAUCCGGUCCUUGCAUGGUCGUCGGGUACAGCGUGGUUACCACAACCGAACAUUCACCACUGAAAAGGGAAUAUGGUGAAAUUUAAUAGGAAUUUUUAAACCUCACUCCAUUCUGGAUUUGUGGACGAUAGUACUGCUUCACUUCUGAAACCGAACCGCAUUUUGUCUUCUUCGCAUGGUACGGAUAUUAGCUUCAUGGGGACGAAGUGGAGGGGGUCCCCCCCCCCCCCCCCGGGGGGGGGGGGGGGGGGGGGGGGGGUGGUAGGGAAGCUACUUCCCACACAUUCUCUUAAAUGAAAUCCAAACGAUGAUUUUACAACUUGCAAAGCGAUCAUCCGAUCAUCAUAGGUCUUGACAGCGGAUUGUACAGAUCAUGCGCAUUACGUCAAAAACAAGGAUCAACGGUAUUGAGAAGGAACAAAAACGUGGCGGUCAAAGGCGGGACUGUUUCUCUCUAUUUUAUUUUGGUAAUUCGCAAAUUUAUUGAUUUUAUGUCGCUUUUCAGACAUAGCACUGCGUGGUUUUCUUUUCUUUUAUAACUGACAAGUUUUCUCUGCAGAGUUUGGAAUAUGCAACUUAUAGCGUUAGCUGCGUAUAGCUGAUAAGAAUUGGAACCGCCGAAGAGUUGAGCUGUCGGUGUUUUGCUGUAAACCCAAAAAAAGUUAAGGUCGCUUCAAGGUACAGAGCUUUCAGAUAUGGUGGUGAUUUUUUUAUUAGGAUCGUUUUGAAUUUUAACUUUGAAUUCAAGGUCAGUUGUUGACUGAUCAUAAUAAAGGAAGUGAAAUGUUGUGAUGUGUGAAUCUGUUUAAUCAGGUCAGUGUAAGCUUAUAUUUAUAAAGCCCUCUUAAAUAGAUUUACUUCCCAUGAAUUUGACACUUUCUCCAGUAAUUUUUAUCGGCAUCAUAACUUCUAUAAUCUUCUGAUGUCCUUGGCCGGCGAAAACGAUAUAACCUAUAUAAAAUCGAUCGAUAGGCCAGCGCGCGUUGUUGUAGGUUAAGAAAUUACACGGUUGCAGUGACUGUCGUUUGCGUUUGGUUUCCCUCGCACUUUCAGUACCAAAGGACAAAUAAGUUAUACGAGAAAAACAAAGAGGCAUGAUGUAUUUUUUUAAAAUUAUUGAAUUAUUUCCUCUGCCGGUUCGCCUCUCGCUUGUAGGAGAAUUUUCAUUGAUUGCUGCACCUCCAUGGCACACGCGGGGAAUACUAAGAUAUGGGCGAAAAUAAUUUCCGCGUAUGCGAAGAAGUGCAGCAUAACCGGGUUUUCGUCGCUGAGGGGAGGAGGGAGGGCAAAAAACGCAAGUAUAUAUGCACUCUCGGGGCAUGGACGCAUAGAAAAGCGAUCUGAUCAGUGAUCCUUAUUUUGGCAAAGCAUUUAAAUACCCACUCAAUACCCAGGGGUAAUGCAAGGGUCCCAUGAGGGAACACGUGCUAAAUUAUGGGGCCCGCGUGCCCAUUUCGGAGCAAACAUAUCAAUGAAAAUACUAAAAUAUUUGCUGUGGGAAAAAUAUUGCAAUUAUUGCUAUUAUCCGCUGACCACCGCCCAAGAUGACCGCUUUGCAACUAGUUGUGAGAACAUCGUUUCUCGGUCCCAGACCUCGUCUCUUAAAAAACUAUUCCUUAACAACAUUAGGAGAAAAGAAGAGAAGAAUCAGAGGGAAGUGACCCUGGUUAAGUGUCACAAAUUGUAGUCGAGUUGUGUUCCUUUGUUCCUUCGGCUCGAAGCCGAAUCAUUUUAUGUAUAUUUUUUUUCUCGUCUGUUGCAAAAGCGACUGUUGUAUUUUACAAAUCAUAAACUAGAACAGAUACUGCAGGUACAAAAUCGAUUAUUAUCCACCUUUUUGUAACGUUUUUCAGUUGUCGAAAAUAACAUAGGUCACACGUCAAUGCGAAAGUUUCAUAUCUCGGCUUUGUAAUAUUCUUGAGCCGAAAACCUGCGAAAACCCAGCAGUAAUAAUAAAAAAAUGUUUUACCCACAUAUAUCUAAAAAGUUUGCUACAGAAUUACUUCUUGAGAAACCCCAGAAUAAAAGGGAAAUUUUUCGGAAGUUUUUCAUAUUGUUUGAUCUCGGGGUUUUCCUUGUCUCGCUCGCGCGAGUUUGUAUGCGUGAGACACCUUGCGUGGCUUCCUUAGCGAUUAAGAUAAAAGAAAGUUUGAUUCACAUCACGACAACCAAUUUUUUAGUAUUCCUGGAAGAACACCUUUAUGAAAGAAAUUACACGAACUUUUUAAUAUUUACGCAACCGGAGUCCAGGAUAAACGAAAAUUGCAAAACAGGAGUCAAAAUCAAGAAAUUUUACAGCAAGUAAUCGUUGAAAAGAUUUUUUUUUACCCUUAUUAGCGUAGACAUAGAAAUAAAUUAUUUUGCCGUAAUUCCAGCUGAGUGAAUGAAAAAAUAGCAUUAUUAGGGAGAGUGCCAUUUUUUUUUCUACUGAUUGUCAAAGGUGUGGCAAAGUUUGGCUUGAAAAUAACUUUAUCCUGUGUUUUAAUAAGAACUUACAACUCGUGUAUUUUUGAAUGUAUCUGUUUCCGUAAUCGAUUCCCAGCACUAACGCAGGCUACUAGGGUGGGCUUGGAAAGCGAGAUUUGCCCGAGAUUAUUAUUACUAUUAUUACUUUUAAUUUGUCAUCCUUUAUUUACUUACUAAGAAAGGUUGUGAACAGUCCAUAUGUUGAUUCAGGGUCACAUAGUAGCGUCAGGCACUUCAUGAAAGAUGAUAGCAUUGCUAUGGAAAAAAAUCUCAAAAGGAACAGUUUUUUAACAGUUAGUCCCGUGGCCCGAAAGGGCUACGGGUCAAUAGCCCAUUCGGCUUCGCCUCAUGGGCUAUUGACCUGUGGCCCUUGGGGGCCAAGGGUCUCAUUGUUUUAGUUUCAGCCAACUAGUCGAACAAAAAGCAGGUAAGAAAUACUUAUUUUAAACAAUUAUUGGAUGAGAUUUUUGUGAUACCCGGAAUAAUCAAAGUCGAGGUAAAUGUUAUCAGCCGAGCCGAAGGCCGAGGCUGACUCGUCGGGGUUAUCUGCUUGAUGAUUUUUGGACAAAAAGGGGCUUCGAAACUCAUAGUAACGUCCCCCUUGAGGUGUACUCUGAAGAACCAACAUAUCUGAGGUAAGUUUUCUGUGAAUUUCAUUCCCUUUUUUAUCAAAAUAAAGGGUUAUGUAAAACAAUUCAGUACGGAGGAUUUGAGACGGAUCCAAGGUAUCCCACUCGCCGAGUUGCCCUUUACCGUUAAGCUGUUGCAGUUGUUCGCUCGUAAUAGGAUUUUUAUGAAGGGUCGGCCCAACUUUACCCUCCUGCAUCAUUUGUUUGCAAAAAGCGUUGAGGACUUUGUUAGAUUUUUGGAAGGCUGAGUCGCUGACUAUCGACCAUGGCUUGUUGUUGGGAGGUUGUCUUAAGUAUCGGUUGACAGCUACCCGGAUCGCUUUAAGAGACAAAACUUUGAACUCUGUGCCAUCCUCUCGCUUGACAGCAGCGUAAAACAUUGUGAGACUUUCAUUUAACUCUUCUUUCUCCAUCUCUUGUAUAACUGUUUUGAAUUUUGUCUGGCCUGCAAACCAUUCUAUUAAAAAAUUUGACUACAAUAUACAACUGAAAACACUUAUCGAAAAAAAUUAAUUUAAUUUGUUUUGAAUUUAUGGUAACUUAAAACGAAACCACGUUAAAUGUUCGCAAUUUCGUCUAGUAAAAACAAAGUUAACUUACCAUUUAAUAUCUUCAUUCCAUACUUCGUUGCUUUAUUAGUAUUUUAUAGAAUGGAUAUGUCUAGCAAGUUAUCUAGAAACUCAUUUGAAACCUGCGACAAAACGGGAAGCGGCCGCCAUUUUGUUGGUCAGUUUUCAACAGGGCGGAUAAAGGUUGGGCGGUGAAACGAGCGCAUCCGAGAAAAAAGGUGUGAUGCAGCGGACUGGAACUCUGCUUAGAGAUGUCGCUUGUUUUCGACUUCGGUCAGGGCUUGCGAUGUGGUUUGUACAUUAGACACUGCCGGUGUCACUGAAUUAUGGCGGCUUGACUUGUUUUCUUGCACUUCUUCCUCGUUCCUUUGUGCUGGUACGUUGUCUCCGAGAGGCAAAUGUUGCUAUUUUUUGCGGGAGGUUUAGUUGGAGUAGAUAAACAUCUCUUUCAAAGGGUUUCUUUUAUUACUUCCAUGACUCUACCACUGAAUUAUAUUUUCGUUCUGCUACUCGCCAAUGUCGAUGUUAUUCCAAAACAAAAACAACUAAGUACUCUCUAAAACACGAAGGAAAAUCUCAUCCAUGUCAUCCAUGGCAAAACUAAAGGACAGCAGAUCGUGUUUCAUAACUAGAUGACGUGUAAAUGCGUGCAGCUCGUGCAAGGUGAAAUUAUGCUAAUUUCAAUCGCCAUCAUCCUUCUUUUUAAUUUUGAAAAAAACAUCUCAUACGUCUUUCUGUUUCUUCGAAACUUCAAAAUUAGUUUCCCCUCAGUUUUUACUGUUUACCUUGUUUUGUUUUAGAGAGAAAACCGUGGAAAAAACUUUACAACUAACCUCAAUAAAUCUUGUUUACAUGCGGUUGCCGGAUUUGCAACGCAUUGCGCGAAUCGCCAUGGCGCGUUGCACCCGAGAAGCAAAGUUUGAAGCAGUAGAACGCCACUAUAUCAAUAUAUAUCAAUCUAAUUUUUUGUUAAGUUAUAUGAAAUUUAUCCCCCUUUAGGCGAUUAGGUGAUAUUUAGUGGCAGGAGGAGGUAUUCAACACUUUCAAAUUAAACUCGAAUUUUGGCAUUAUACGACCAACAAGUUUGGCUUAUAGACUUACAGACACAAACAUAUGAAACUGUUUAUUGAUAUUGUUAUGAAACGAAUUUAUCUAUUUAACAUUGUAGCCUGAAAUUACAGAAACAAAAUAGGGUUUCCGGUUUGCAAAAAGGAAAAUUUCGCCGGCCCUCAAGCGCACCGGAAGCGCGGAAAGAGCGCUCGUGCCAGUCCUACUCCGCAUCACACAUUAAAUGAAGAGCGGAGCGCUCGUUUCACCGUCCAACCUGUAUCCGCCCUGCUAGAACUACUUAUCUCCCGUUAACCCUCGUGAGGCUCGGCUUUUGAGUAGCGCCACUCAAGUGCAGUGUCGGGCGGGGUUAGGAACUGGAGGCUGACCCGCCGCGAAUAUCCUGUCAUAAAGGUCCCUUCUUUAUUCUUUCUGUAUUGUCUGGCUUAAUUUUGAAAUCUGUAUUGAAAAGCCGAUCUGCUUUUCUUUUCUGCGGCUGUAAAUUCUGUCGGGAUCUAUAUCCACAAUCUCCUUGUCUUACUCUGUUUUGACAAAUGCAUGAGCUCUUUUCAUCAGCUCCGCUUUUUUUUUUUAAAUCCUGUGCCCGUUUUGCCACGAGACCUCUAUCAAAACUUCAAUUCCGGGAAUUCCGAUUGCUGGAAGAAUUACAGCGUUUGAAGAACCGUUUCAUCGCUAAAGUAAGCUAAUUUCCUCGACCCACCUGUAAGUUUAAAAUCUGCAAGAGGCUUCCCUGACCUCGCUUCAUAGCAACAGAACCAGGCAACGCGCUAGCUCCUCCAUUAUGAAAGUCGUGUACAUGUACCGCAUUGUUUGCCGGCUUUCGAUGAUGAAAUAGGAUCUAAGCAACUCUCUUGCUACUGCUGCGCGUUUAGUUGGAUUUUGGUAGCGACGUAUUAUAAUUCUAUUAUAAUAAUAAUUCUAUUAUAAUUAUAUAAUUCUUUGAGUCGUCAGCAAACUAUGCUUCUGAGGUUAUUUUUUUUAGAACUGUAAUAAUGUGGUCCAGUUGGGAUUCCUAGGUUGUGAUACCAAGAAAAAUAUUGAGAAAACUGGGAUGCCGGAUGCGGCUUUUUUUCACCUUUUCCUUUUCAGUCACUCGUUAAAUCAGCAAAGCUGUGUCGUACUAUAUACGUAAUUUUUAGUUUUUCGCUAAAUUAAAGGAUAUAAAGGCAUAGAAUAGAAGAGCACUAUCAAAGUAAGAUUAAGCAACAAAAUACUCCUAGAACACUCAAAGGAAAGUCUAAGGUGAAUUUUACCCCGACAAUGUGCGUUAUAUUGACCCCAGCAUUUGAUGCUCGCUACAGUCUCAAAAUUCGGUUUAUACUUUUCAUUCGUUUUUUGAUAUUCUUGUCCACCCGCGAAAACAUACCCACGAUCGACCUGCGAAAAUCCACCCGGCCCGCGACAAUUUACCUGUCACCUACGACAAUUUACGCCCCACAGCGAAUAUUAGACUCUUUACUCCCACUGAUGUUAUUCUAUCAGUCGGAUAAUGAUUUAGUUUGAUAUCAGUAUUAUUAUUUUGACAUGAUAUGUUUCGUAAACUUCCUAAAAUGUGGUCUUUGUUUCAGUUUGAUGUAAUGUUAAGCAGUGCAGGUCGUUUGUUUUUUGUUGUUGUCGUUUUACAAAGCUUUUUUAACUUUUUAAGAAUUUACUCAGAGGAAGAAGUGGAUGUUAGAUUCUUCUCAUGCAAACCAACAAAAAAUUUUGCGCCGAAUUUCCCAUUUCUUUCCAUUACCUCUGGGCUUUUUUAUUAUAGCCCUCGCUCCAAUCACUUUUUUCACAGUUAGGUUUGAUUAGUUCGAGGCUCUCCCCGCAUCUCUGUACGUUUUGAGCUUUUACCGGUAAUAUAAUUUUUUAUCUUUGUAUCUUCUUAUUUCUUUUUAGUGCGUUCAUCGCGACCUUUCAGCUAGAAAUGUCUUCAUUGGAGAAAACCUCGUAGCCAAAGUUGGCGACUUUGGAUUGGCACGUGAAUUGAAAAAAACAUCUCAUACGUCUUUCUGUUUCUUCGAAACUUCAAAAUUAGUUUCCCCUCAGUUUUUACUGUUUACCUUGUUUUGUUUUAGAGAGAAAACCGUGGAAAAAACUUUACAACUAACCUCAAUAAAUCUUGUUUACAUGCGGUUGCCGGAUUUGCAACGCAUUGCGCGAAUCGCCAUGGCGCGUUGCACCCGAGAAGCAAAGUUUGAAGCAGUAGAACGCCACUAUAUCAAUAUAUAUCAAUCUAAUUUUUUGUUAAGUUAUAUGAAAUUUAUCCCCCUUUAGGCGAUUAGGUGAUAUUUAGUGGCAGGAGGAGGUAUUCAACACUUUCAAAUUAAACUCGAAUUUUGGCAUUAUACGACCAACAAGUUUGGCUUAUAGACUUACAGACACAAACAUAUGAAACUGUUUAUUGAUAUUGUUAUGAAACGAAUUUAUCUAUUUAACAUUGUAGCCUGAAAUUACAGAAACAAAAUAGGGUUUCCGGUUUGCAAAAAGGAAAAUUUCGCCGGCCCUCAAGCGCACCGGAAGCGCGGAAAGAGCGCUCGUGCCAGUCCUACUCCGCAUCACACAUUAAAUGAAGAGCGGAGCGCUCGUUUCACCGUCCAACCUGUAUCCGCCCUGCUAGAACUACUUAUCUCCCGUUAACCCUCGUGAGGCUCGGCUUUUGAGUAGCGCCACUCAAGUGCAGUGUCGGGCGGGGUUAGGAACUGGAGGCUGACCCGCCGCGAAUAUCCUGUCAUAAAGGUCCCUUCUUUAUUCUUUCUGUAUUGUCUGGCUUAAUUUUGAAAUCUGUAUUGAAAAGCCGAUCUGCUUUUCUUUUCUGCGGCUGUAAAUUCUGUCGGGAUCUAUAUCCACAAUCUCCUUGUCUUACUCUGUUUUGACAAAUGCAUGAGCUCUUUUCAUCAGCUCCGCUUUUUUUUUUUAAAUCCUGUGCCCGUUUUGCCACGAGACCUCUAUCAAAACUUCAAUUCCGGGAAUUCCGAUUGCUGGAAGAAUUACAGCGUUUGAAGAACCGUUUCAUCGCUAAAGUAAGCUAAUUUCCUCGACCCACCUGUAAGUUUAAAAUCUGCAAGAGGCUUCCCUGACCUCGCUUCAUAGCAACAGAACCAGGCAACGCGCUAGCUCCUCCAUUAUGAAAGUCGUGUACAUGUACCGCAUUGUUUGCCGGCUUUCGAUGAUGAAAUAGGAUCUAAGCAACUCUCUUGCUACUGCUGCGCGUUUAGUUGGAUUUUGGUAGCGACGUAUUAUAAUUCUAUUAUAAUAAUAAUUCUAUUAUAAUUAUAUAAUUCUUUGAGUCGUCAGCAAACUAUGCUUCUGAGGUUAUUUUUUUUAGAACUGUAAUAAUGUGGUCCAGUUGGGAUUCCUAGGUUGUGAUACCAAGAAAAAUAUUGAGAAAACUGGGAUGCCGGAUGCGGCUUUUUUUCACCUUUUCCUUUUCAGUCACUCGUUAAAUCAGCAAAGCUGUGUCGUACUAUAUACGUAAUUUUUAGUUUUUCGCUAAAUUAAAGGAUAUAAAGGCAUAGAAUAGAAGAGCACUAUCAAAGUAAGAUUAAGCAACAAAAUACUCCUAGAACACUCAAAGGAAAGUCUAAGGUGAAUUUUACCCCGACAAUGUGCGUUAUAUUGACCCCAGCAUUUGAUGCUCGCUACAGUCUCAAAAUUCGGUUUAUACUUUUCAUUCGUUUUUUGAUAUUCUUGUCCACCCGCGAAAACAUACCCACGAUCGACCUGCGAAAAUCCACCCGGCCCGCGACAAUUUACCUGUCACCUACGACAAUUUACGCCCCACAGCGAAUAUUAGACUCUUUACUCCCACUGAUGUUAUUCUAUCAGUCGGAUAAUGAUUUAGUUUGAUAUCAGUAUUAUUAUUUUGACAUGAUAUGUUUCGUAAACUUCCUAAAAUGUGGUCUUUGUUUCAGUUUGAUGUAAUGUUAAGCAGUGCAGGUCGUUUGUUUUUUGUUGUUGUCGUUUUACAAAGCUUUUUUAACUUUUUAAGAAUUUACUCAGAGGAAGAAGUGGAUGUUAGAUUCUUCUCAUGCAAACCAACAAAAAAUUUUGCGCCGAAUUUCCCAUUUCUUUCCAUUACCUCUGGGCUUUUUUAUUAUAGCCCUCGCUCCAAUCACUUUUUUCACAGUUAGGUUUGAUUAGUUCGAGGCUCUCCCCGCAUCUCUGUACGUUUUGAGCUUUUACCGGUAAUAUAAUUUUUUAUCUUUGUAUCUUCUUAUUUCUUUUUAGUGCGUUCAUCGCGACCUUUCAGCUAGAAAUGUCUUCAUUGGAGAAAACCUCGUAGCCAAAGUUGGCGACUUUGGAUUGGCACGUGAUAUCUCAGACUAUGGUAUUUACACCAAAAUAUCCAAUGUAAGUACAUGUAGCCUCGGGAACCGCUUUGAACUGCACAAUUUU